CAACAAAGAAAGCAAAUGGAGUUCCACGAGAAUUCAAACUCGACGAAUUCGAGCUCGACGAGUUUUUCUCUUUAUAGCGACAACAUACUGAUUUUCACCGUAGUAUUUUCUAUUCAAUUCGUGUUCGCCGUCGUUGAAAACUUGCUCAUCGUAUGGAUAGUCUAUAAAGACAAACGAUUGAARACUACCACUAAUUAUUUAGUAGCAAACAUGGCGGUCAGCGAUGUUCUUGCGGCAGUCUGCGUGUUUCCYCUACGGUUGAUUUGGAUUAACUUUGAUAAAAAAUGGCUAGUUGGAGGUAUUAUUGGACAGUUGUUGUGUAAAUUAAGCAAUUUUACAGCUGAACUAUCGCUUACAGUCUCUGUGUACAGCUGUUUUUUCAUUGCUAUUGAUCGUUACUACGCCGUGGCUCAUCCCAUCAAGAAGCCUUUUCAACCCAAGAUCAAGUUCAUCAUCGCACUGACUUGGAUCUUGUCAAGUUUCUUCAAGGCGCCAAUAUUCUACUUUUACGACAUUAUAGUUGAAGAUAACCAAAAGAUUUGCCUUGUGUCAUCCAAUAUUUCCUCGUCUUUUUCCGUGUAUUUUUAUGUUAACAAYGUUUUGACCUUUGGUGUGACCAUUAUUGUUGUUACUAUCAUCUAUGUACUCAUUGUGUACAAACUACACAAGCACAAAGUUCCUGGAUUUCAAAAUAAUUCAACUAUAAGACGUAAAGAACUUCAGAACAGGAAGGUUUUAAAGCUUUCUGUAACUAUUGUCGCUUUGUUUUACAUUAGCUGGGGCUCAAGAUCCAUAAUUGCGAUUUUGAACGAUACUGGAAACUUUGAUCAUCUUUCCCAAGAAGCAAACUUUAACCUGAUGAGUAUUUCGUUUUUCAUGUUGUACAUGAGCCUUGUGUAUAAUUUCUUUGUUUAUCUGUUCUUCAAUAGCGUUUAUCGUCAGAACUUCAAAGAUAUGAUAACCAAAUGUUGUUUUUCUGAUACAAUCAGCAAUAUUAUGGAGUACAGUUUGAGGCAAAGUAGUAGUGGUAACAGGGAAAAGGUUUCUGAGUCUGGCGUAGUUCAAAUGAAAAACAUACAAGAGCGUUGUUCAAUAUAAAAAAAGUAACAUCUGAUAGAAAAGAUAUCGUCAGUUUCGAGAGUUAUUUUCCAUUAGAUUAUGAAAUAACUGGCAAGUAAUGUGAAAGCAGAAAUUCCAUGAAACUGUGCAAAAUCAAAGUCUCGAGAUUUAAAUAAUCCUGCACCUGAAGAGGAACAUCAUUUGAAUUGUUUUUAGGAAAACCAUCUUCUCUGCGCACAAAUAUGUUUAACUUUCACGGUUUAAAUGCGGCCGCUGUAUACACUCAGAUCUGUUAUUUUUUUUUUUAUUAACAAUCGCGUAAGCUUACCAAGUAGCUAUUAUAGUUUUACCUUAAAAUCAAAUCGCGAGCUUUCUGGGUUUAGUUUACCCGUAUUACUAAUCGAGUCUCAGUUAUACCGGCGAUUUUAUAUUUUCAGCUUGUAAUAACGUGUUAUUUAUUUGUAGUUUUUCGCACGACAUCGCGAAUAAACAGUACAUCAAAAGACUUUAAUAAAAAAAUCAGUGGCACCACCUUAA